CGACCUCAUACACCUUAUUUUGCGCAACGUUCUGUUCGCUAAUAUUGCUUGAGGAAGGAUAAACCUUUGGAGUAUUUCAAACCACAGGGUGAAGACACUGAGGUAUAUUUUUACAAAAUUCAUUUUUUCAAAUGCGCAGACAGUAAGCCGCGUUCGGGACGGUGUCGCCUUUUCCCCCAUGCCCUUCAGAAAAGAAAAUGGAACUAAUACUUAACACUUACAACGAAACUCCUGCAGUUUGGUGAUAUUUUGAUUAACAGAAGUGGUGUGCUAUAGCAGUUUUAAUUUAAAACAACGUAACUGGAUGGAAACAUAUACGAGGGCUAUUUUGGAACCCCGCGUAGCCAGUAUACUCUCAGGACUAUCAGAAUAGCACCAGACCUACCAGUUCUGGAUGGAUUUUGUUUUGUCUUUCUAACGCAGACAUGAAGCGCAGUUUCACCUAUUUUUUGAUAUUUUGGAUAUACGAGGGAUUACACGAUCACUGUAGGUGACAAAUGAAGACGAUACCGAAUUCUUUUGUUCGGAUGAAGACAUGUGAGCAGUAGGAGGUUCUGCACAAGCGCAGGUGGAUCUGAAGAGGCGCUUUUGUAUUACCCGAGGAUAACGUACAAAAGCCAGCCAAUAUUCCCAUUCUAAGAUAACCCACAAAAGCCGAUAUUUAUCUUCUAUGAUGUAUUUUACUCUUUAUUGGCUGUUUUCACUCAUAUAACAUGCGCGUAAAUAAGCUUAAAUACUGCUUGCUGUACGGGAAAACAUAGUAGCCUACUUAUGACAAGCGUUUUAUUUAAUGGGAGGACUACAACCAAAUAAUUUAACGUCACUUUCUUCCGAAAUCCAUUAUCCCUUUGAACCUUUUUUUUAUUGCGCUAAGGACUACGAGAAUGCCCGAAGCUCUCUCCCCUGCUCAAGCCCUCUACAUGGGCAUGGAAGUGUUGAUUGCCGUGUCAUCGGUAAUAGGAAAUGUGAUGGUGGUUUGGGCGGUGAAAAUUAACAAGUCUUUGAGAGAUACAACAUUUUGUUUCAUUGUCUCUCUGGCAGUAGCCGACAUCGCGGUGGGAGCGCUCGUUAUUCCCUUGGCGAUAACUAUCAGUAUCGGACUUCAAACUCACUUUUACAGCUGCCUACUGGUCGCGUGCACAGUGUUGGUUUUGACCCAGAGUUCUAUUCUCGCCCUGCUGGCUAUUGCUAUUGACCGGUACCUUAGAGUCAAGAUUCCAACCAGUUACAGGCGAGUGGUCACUCCAAAACGAGCUGGCUUUGCAGUGGUCAUGUGCUGGGCUGUGGCCUUCAUAGUGGGCCUAACGCCCAUGCUGGGCUGGAACAACUUGCACAAUCUGCAGCAGAGGAACGGCUCUCUCAGCCCAACCUUGGUCAUCACCUGCCAGUUCGAGAAUGUCAUCAGCAUGGAGUACAUGGUCUACUUCAACUUCUUCAGCUGGGUGCUGCCGCCCCUUCUCCUCAUGCUUGCCAUCUACACAGAAAUCUUCUACAUGAUUCACAAGCAACUGAACAAGAAGGUCGGUGUGGGCCAUGGCGACCCCAGCAAGUACUACAACAAGGAGCUGAAGCUAGCCAAGUCGCUUGCGCUUGUGCUUGUGUUGUUUGCCGCCAGCUGGCUCCCACUGCACAUCCUGAACUGCAUCACACUCUUCAGCCCUGGUUGCGAGAAGCCCAUGUUCCUUCUCUACAUCGCCAUCCUGCUCACCCACGGCAACUCCGCCGUCAACCCCAUCGUGUAUGCAUUCCGCAUCAAGAAGUUCCGCACGGCGUUCCAGCGGCUCUGGAAGCAAUACUUCUGCUGUAAGGAGGCUCCUCCGAUCGACACACAGAUGAGUGAGAGACUAGACAAAGAUCACUUCUGUCCUGGUACUCCGCUGGAGCACAACAUUUGACUGGAUCCAGGGGACUUUCUGAGCAAACUGAAAUGCUUGCUUCUAUAAAUCAUGUCUAUUUUGAAUGUAAUUCAGUGCUUUACUGCAAAUGCCACUGAGUGCAUUUACCCCUGCAAAGGGAAAUAAGACUCCUAUGUAAAAUGUCACGUAAACGUUUAUCAGUGUUCGGCUCUACAUCGCACAAAGCAAAACCCAGAUUAAUUAAUUAAUUAAUCUGGGCAAAUGAACAGCUUUAUCAGAUUUCUAUUUUUUUUUUUUUAUGUCAGUGUAAGUGGAAUAUGGGCUCUCUUGUUCUGCAGCCGGGCAAAGAGGACAAGGUUUUAAGAUCAGGUCCAUUGUAGAGAAUUCCCCCGAUUUCACUGAUCCCAUAUAGCAAUUUGUUUGUUUGUUUGUUUUUCAUAUGCUUUUUUGUCCUUUUUUACAUAAUCACAUUAUUAUUAUUGUGCAUGUGAACACUUCAGUUCACUUAUUGACAAACUGAUUUUUACCAGUAAUCAGGAUCUUGUAGAUGUAUACAUGCUCAGAGUGUGCUGUUGUCAGAGUCUGCUCCCAUUGUAACUUAUUAUGAAACAUUAUAACUCCACUGGGACAAGAGGGGGAGGCUAGAAUAUGGAAUUAAAUCAUUUAUAGUGGCAAACAGA